AUGUUAGGCUUAUACGGAAGAGUAUCCAAGAGUACUCUCAUCACUAAGGUGGUUGCUCGUUCAUCCUCCACUGCUAUUGAUGUCUCUUCAGUGGAGGAAUCGUUAUCCUCUCAAAAGCAGUUGAGAGAGAAAGCACUAGCAGAAGCUCUUGCAAGGGAAGAAGAAGCUAUAGCCAGAGAGAAGGCAUUGAGAGAACUCAAAAAUAAGACUAAGGAAUCUAUUUCUAUUUUGAAUUCGACACCUUCUAAUUUGAUCAGAGAAAGACUACAGUCCUUACAAUCGCAAUUAAAUCAACUUGAAGACCAAGACAAAGUCAAGCGGUUGGAUAAAGAAAUGGAACUGUUCUUGUUUGAAAAUAUGAAGUUAUCACCAAGUGAGAUCGGGAACAGACCUUGGUUUGAAAGAACAAGAGGGAAGAUUACAACGGUAAAGCCAAGCGAAGAACAGGAGAUUGUGUCUCAAAAGAUUAAGACCACCACGUCGAGUGCCUACACCAAUCAGUAUCCGAAUUUGAAACCCACUCCUGAUUAUAAACCUUAUUCCUCUCAAGAGUUGUUCUUAAGACAACUUACCCAUAUGAGACAGUCUGGUGGAUUAGGUUCAUCCAUUGAAGAUGUCUACAAUCCGGCUAAUGACGUGAAGAGGCCUCUUUCUAUGGAUGAUGUCACCAUUUCUUCAUUGAUGGCGGCUGGAUGUCAUUUAGGUCAUGCGAAGGCGAUGUGGAGGCCUUCUACUCAACCAUUUAUUUAUGCUGAGUAUCAAGGUAUUCAUUUGAUUGAUUUGAAUGAAACGUUAGCCGCUUUGCGGAGGGCCACGAAGGUCAUUGAGAGCAUCGCAGCGAAAGGUGGUGUUAUUUUGUAUGUUGGCACUUCGAGAAAUUGGGAACAACACCGUGCUUUAGAAGAAGCUGCUAAGAGAAGUAGGGGAUAUUAUGUGUCUCAUAGAUGGAUUCCAGGUACUAUUACCAACUUCACAGAAGUAUCUAAGCAAAUAGGUGGACAUCAAAAAAUUGAGGUUGAUCUUGGUGACACUCCUACUAACCGCAACAUUUCGGCCCAAGACGAUGCUUUGAUCAAACCAGACUUAGUUGUGUUGUUGAACCCAGUGGAGAAUAGAAAUUGUGUUAACGAAUGUAUCAAGCUGCGGAUACCAACUAUCGGGCUAUGUGAUACUGAUAUGGAACCUUCUUUAUUGACGUACCCAAUUCCAUGUAACGAUGAUUCCAUGAGAGCCUCUUCUGUUGUCUGUGGUAUUUUGUCGAAAGCUGCGGAACAAGGUGUGGAGAGAAGAUAUAAAGCUUUUUCGGAGUAUAAAUCUUCUCAGAAAUGA